AAGCCGAGGAUCAUUAUCGUGUGUUCGGCGUUGAAGGGGAGUUACCACUCAAUGUUAAGGGCUGAAAUUAUAUUGGAAGCAGAGGCAUCGCAACACUCGGGAAAGCUUCCGACGAUGAAAGGCUCGCGGGAGGUGCCCACGGGCCGAAUAAUGAAAUGCCAGGGGCAUUUCAUGAUGGCUGCGAUGUUGGAUAGCCAGUUGAAGACGCUGGAAAGCCCC